AGAAUUAAAAUAUAGCUCUUAAAGAGAUACGGUGUUCAGGUCAUCAGGUGUAGUGUUAAAAAAUGUAGAAUUAUUAUUUAAAAUAUUUAUAACUGGAAUAAAAGAGAAAACUAUAUAAUACGUUUAAUAUUAACGAUCGAAGAGAUAAAAGUUUGUAUAAGAAACACUGAAGUACUGUAACAUUUUUGUAUUGCGUUCUAUUUCUUGUUUUAAAUAAAAAAUUUUACCUCUGGAUAAAAUUUGCAUACAUAAAUUGUUCAAAUGAUUGUAAAUUAAGUACAUAUAAUAUUAUAGUUAUAGCUUUUAAUAUUCUAUUAGUAUAACAAAUCCCAUACGUACGUGUAGUUUUAACUCUAAAAUAAGAUUUAGAAAAUUUUACAAUGGCACUCGUGCCUGGAAGGAAAGAUACUUUUAUAGAUCAAAAUGUAAAAGAUGGUUUAAAUUUAUCGCAAAUGGAAGCUAUCGAAGUUCAAAAGAAAUUAAUUGAUGAAUGGGAACCUAAAAAUGAAGUAAUGGCAUUACAAUAUGGAAGUUUCAUUGUAGGAACAACAAGUUCUGUGUCUGCACAAAUGAUUAACAGUAUAUUUAGACGUAAAUUAAAGUUACGUUCUACUGGGCAAUUUAUAACAUCAUUCGGUUUAAUGAUAGCAUCAGGAGGAAUGGCAUUAAUAGGGCACGAAUUAUUGAUUACAAAUGACAUAUUAUUAUACAAAAACCAGUGUCCAGUAUGUUAUGAAAUGAAAGCAAGUUUACUCUUGAAUGGCACUGGAAUAUUGUAUCCUUUAUUGUUAGCACCAUCACUAAAUCUUGCGAUUGCAGGAAGUGUGGGAUUAAGAACUCCACACAUAUAUGAAGUAAAACAGGUUGUUGGAUUUUGGUGGAAUGUUGUUAAACCUGCAAUUAACCACAUCUCACUUGCAUUUUGUAUAAAUUCAGUUAUUGCUAGUUUAGUUGUUUAUAAGCAACAUGGACAAAUGAACAACAUAGCAAACAUUUUAAAACGAAUUGAAGAAAAACAAAGUGAAAACAGUUUAACAUAAAGGUACAUUUAAACAUCUUAAUGUAGUACAUUUUAUGUAUAUACAUUUAUAUAUGUAGUCUAAUACACAUUUGUACAUGUAUUGAUAUAUAAGGAAAAUAAAUGCUCU